AUUCCCUGAAAAAUUCGAUUCAUAUUUUGUUUGUUCAUCUCCGCACACGUUCCAUUUCCGCGUUUCUGGUUAGAGGGGAGAGUGCGGGAGCUCGAGUUUGACGAUUUCUAGCGCUCCCGCAUAAUGCUUGUUGAAUUGCCGAGAAUUCGCCAGAAUUGGUGGCCGGAGCUGGUCUUGGUUUAGCUGGGAAGUGGGAAUGGAGUCUUCCAGAGCUAAUCGAGCUUUUCCUUUCUACAUCGAUCUCAAUGAGAUCCCUCUGUCUUCUCCUAGGGGAGGAGAUGAGGAAAACGUGGUGUUUUCAGUUGACCAGCCGUCGUCCGGAGCUGCUGUCCGAGUGCAGAGUGCGGACACUAGGCCUGCUGCGUCUCGGGGGUCCGAGGACGUCGGUCUGCUUUGCUCUUCGUGUGAGCUUCGGAGGAGAGGCGGGGAAAAGGAGUGGACGUGUUUGGGGUGUUUGAUCCGGCAGCGUAGUGUAGGAGGAAAUGCAGGUGGUUGUGGAAGUAGAGGCUUUGGAGAGGGCAGAGACAUGGGGGUUUUAGGCCUGGAUAUUAAUGCACCCCCUCCAGGGGAGCUGGAGCUUGAAGGUUUUGUUGUUGACUUGAAUGAAGAUGCGCCAGUGGGGCGGCGGCAUGGCCAGCUUGACAGCGGCAAGAUACAGACUGGAUGUAAUUCUUCCAGCCACGGCAUUGCAUUUAUUUCCUCCACAACAUAUUCCAAGUUUCCCUUCAAGGAGAACGGAUUUGAUACUUCAAAAGCUUCUCAUGUUGCCAAAGCUUCUCAUGCUACUAAAGCUAUUGCUAGACCAAGAAAUACUGCUAGUGAAGUAUAUCUGCAAUGCCUUAGAGAAUAUAUUGCAGAAAGAAAUGGUACAUUAGGAGUUGGAUGGAAUGUGGAGUUCAAGUUUGUCCACGAUAGAUGCAAGACACUUGCAGUAUAUCUUGGUCCUGAUGGAAGUAGAUUUGAGUCAGUGACUGAUGUUGCUUGUCAUUUGGGGUUGCCAUCAGUUGUUCAUUCCAUAGAUGAAGGCGAUAGAUUUGGUUUAGCUCACAAGCAAUCAAAUAACAUGCUAAAAAGAAAAGAUGCAUCAGUUUAUAUACAAAUUGGAAGCUAUAAUCAAAACUCUAAUGUUCCCCGGAGCAUCUUCCUUGAGAAUGGUGCCACACAAAAAUAUCAGGAUGGUUUCCCAGUUCAAUUUGAAGAUUUCUUGCUUAUUUCAACAGGACAUUUGGAUUCACGACCAUCAUACCAUAGUAAAAAUCAAAUCUGGCCCGUGGGUUAUAGAUCUAGCUGGCAUGAUAAAAUUUCUGGGUCAAUAUUUGUAUGCGAUGUUGCAGAUGGUGGUGAGUCUGGCCCAAAAUUCAGAGUUCAAAGGCAUCCAUGCAGCAUGCAGUCUUUCAUCACUAGUUCUACAGUCCUCUCAAGGCCACAAUCUAGGUCCUCUAGCAAGUAUGACAAAAUGGAGAAGGAUGCGCCGCCAAUUUUUGGUGUGGGUUAUGAGGAUAAUGAUUCUAUCCAAAUGAUGUUGGAAGACUGCAGCAUGCCAUCUCUGGAUAACGAUUAUGAUGCUUAUACUGGGCAAAGAGAAGGAGAAGAUUUGGCUGUGGGAAAACUUGAUUUCUCAUUGCCAGCAAGCAUGAGAAACAAAACACUUGGUGUCAUUGGUCAGGGAGAUAACCUGGGAGAAUUUCAUGUGGAAGGGGCUUCUUUGACCUCUGUAUGGGAAAUGAUCUCCCAGAGUCUUGUUUAUGCUAGCCAUGAGGUGUAUAAACAACAUGGGGUAGUGGAGUUUUGUUGUAGUCAUGAUCAUUGUGAAGUAGAUGAUAAACAACUUGGUGACCUUAAUUCAUUAUCCAAGUUUUCUUGCUUAACAGCACCUAGUAAUUUUCGUCGCGUAGUGCAUAGUGAUAGCGAGUUUAACAAAAAUUCUGAAGUACUACUUAAGUGGCUUGAACAUGAUAGAUUUGGGCUAGAUGCAGACUUUGUGCAGGAAAUUCUAGAACAGCUUCCUGGUAUUUCAAACUGCUCAGGCUAUAAGUUUUUGAAUGAAAGGAAGCAGAAGUCAACCCUUCAAACUAUUGGAAGUGGAUUUCUUCAGUCUAGAAGGAAGGGUCCUAUGCAAGAUGAUGAGGGAUUAGAUGAAUAUUUUAGACCAUCUAAAAGACUCAGAAAAUUAGAAGAGCGUGAAGUGAGAGCCCCAUGUCUUUCAGGCAAGCCAUUUACCUCAAAGCUUCCUUCACAUUUGAUAGGCGAUGCUCUCCAGGUUUGGGAUUUUUCAUUGCGUUUUUCUGUGUCUUUGGGGCUGGAAGAUCAAUUUUCUUUCUUGGAACUCGAAGAUGAACUUUUGAGUCCUUGGCUAGAUGGACUGCAUCCAUAUGCAAAUGUGGAAUCUGAUGUCGUGGGUGCUGAUCAUUCUGCAGAGUUUGGAUGUGCAGUGAAGCCUUCUCUAGCCAAUGCCACUUGUGCUCAAUACAGCAGAUGUACCGGUCUAGUUUUGGCUAAAACUCACAGCUCUCUGCUAAAUGUUUUAGUUAAGGACCUUCUCAUGAAGGUUGCAGUGUAUGUAGACCCUACCUUUGAUGUUGGAGAAUCUAAACCCAAAAGAGGUAGAAAGAAAGAUGCUGAUAAUUUAGCCACUCUUAAGAAAGCUAAACUUGAUAUGUUUCCUGUAAACGAAGUUACGUGGCCUGAAAUUGCUCGAAGAUACAUUUUAGCUGUAUUGUCCAUGGAGGGUAACCUUGACUCCACGGAGACUGCUUGCCGUGAGAGUGGAAAGAUUUUUCAUUGUCUACGCGGCGAUGGUGGGACACUUUGUGGGGCUCUCGUGGGAGCUGCUGCACUUGAAGCAGAUGCUGUGCUUCUUGCAGAGGCUAGAAGAAAAGUCUAUGGUUCAGUGAGGAUUGGAAGUGAUAUAGUCAGAAUAGAUGAGAAAGACACUGAUGCUGAAUGGACAAAUUAUGGUGAAGUUCCUGAAUGGGCACGCUUGUUAGAACCUGUAAGAAAGCUACCUACAAAUGUUGGGGCUAGAAUCAAGAAGUGUGUCAAUGAGGCUCUCGAUAGAAAUCCCCCUGAAUGGGCAAGAAAAGUUUUGGAGCAUUCAAUCAGCAAGGAGGUUUACAAGGGAAAUGCGUCAGGCCCUACAAAGAGAGCAGUUGUUUCCGUUCUAGAAGACUUGAACAGUGAACACAUGCUAUCCAAACCUGAGAAGAAGGAAAAAGUGAAGAAUGUGAUAUCUCUAUCUGACCUCAUAAUGAAGCAAUGUCAGAUUGUAUUACGUCAAGCUGUUGCUGCAGAUGAAGAUAGAGUUUUCUGUAAUCUAUUGGGGCGAACGGCUCUAACACCCAAUGAUAAUGACGAUGAGGGACGUCUUGGAUAUCCUGCCAUGGUCUCUCGCCCUUUAGACUUUAGGACAAUUGAUCUAAGAUUGGCUGCAGGGUUUUAUGGUGGGUCAUAUGAAGCUUUUGUUGAUGAUGUUCGCGAGGUUUGGAACAACAUAUACACUGCAUAUGGCGAUCAGCCUGACCUGAUUGAAUUAGCAGGAACCAUAUCUCAGAAAUUUGAGGAACUGUAUGUAAAAGAGGUUCUUUCCAUUGCCCAGAAAGCUGUAGAGUGCAAGGACGAGAAUUGCUUAAAAAGUGAAGCUGAAAAAGAAAGUGAUGAUUUGGUUGUCCGUGUUACUGAAAGCUCAAUUCCUAAAGCCCCUUGGGAUGAAGGGAUUUGCAAAAUUUGUGGCAUGGAUAAAGAUGAUGACAAUGUUCUGCUGUGUGAUAGUUGUGAUUCAGAGUACCACACAUACUGUUUGAAUCCUCCACUUGUCAGAAUUCCUGAAGGAAAUUGGUAUUGCCCAUCUUGUGUUGCUAAAAAAUCUUCUUCCCGAGGUUUCACCUAUAAUGCUCUAUAUGUUGGUCAAUGUCAUAAAAGGAGACAUAAAAAAGAAUUUACUCAUAAGUUUCUUGAGGCACUCAGCGAAUUAGCGAAGGCCAUGGAGUUGAAGGAGUAUUGGGAACUUACUCUACAGGAGGUGAGUCAUUCCACGUGCUCUACUGUAUAUUCUACUGUUUGUUCUACUGCAGCUACUUGAUCUGUUGAUCAUCAAAGAAUCAACCUGCCGAAAUAAAUACACACACAUAGGGGGGAAACUUCCCAGAAACAUCCACUCACAAAUCACAAGAAUAAUAUCCAUUUGUUUAUGUUUUCUUAAUGGAAUGAAAUCAGGGAUUUGGUCUUUGAUUUUCAUGGCUGGUGGCUUGUCCUUUAGUGAGGAAAAUCACAAGGAAAUAAGUGAUGAUUCUUGGGAAAUAACGGGGGACAAAGGGGAUGGGUGAUGGUUGGUUUUAUUGGCCUUAUAUUGGGUCAUUCAUGGAAGGUAUGUGGGGACUGAUUUGGUGGGUGGAGUGUCAAUAAACUCACAAAAGUCUUUUGUCCUUUUGUUAUUGUUUAUCCAGCCUAGGUGGGAGACACAAGGGGGACAAUGGUUGGUCAAUGUUGGGGAAUAAAAGAGGGAUUGUUUUUGGUCAUUAAAAGGGGACAGGGCUGGGUAUUAUUUAUGGGUAUUUUGGAGUUAUGGCUUUGGGUUACUGUGAGGGAAAACAUGGGCAGGAAGUAGGGGCUGGAGGUGGGUCAUGGUUUUGGCUCUUUGUGGGUG